AUGCCAGUGAGGUAUGCCAAUGAACUGGAUGUUGAAUGUUUCUUUUUUGUCUCCCCCCUCAGUUUUCUUGGUGAUAAGAUGAUGGAGCGAUGCUCUAGUGUAAGUGGGGAUAGUUUCACUGGCCCUGCCAGUUCCAGUCCCUCCCCUCCUGCCACUGGCCCAGCUCCAGCCACGACUCCCUGUCCCACCCCUCCGCCCAGGCGGGCUAGGGUAAGGUACCAAGCCAUGGUGGAUGUCAGCAAGUGGCCUCUGUUCACCCUCCUCGGGCCUCAGGACAUCUCCUCCAUCCGACAGGCCUGUGUGUUCGGGACCUCUGCCAACGAGGCCAUCUACAUCACCCAUGACGAUGAGGUGUACGUGUUUGGGAUGAACUGCAGUAACUGCUUGGGCACAGGGGACAGCCUCAGCACCAUCGUACCAAAGAAGUUGGAUUUCCUGCGAGGGAAGAAGGUGGUCAGCUUGAGCUAUGGAAGUGGACCCCAUGUCUUACUUGCAACCGAAGACGGAGACCUAUUUGCCUGGGGGCACAACGGAUACAGUCAGCUGGGUAACGGCACUACAAACCAAGGGGUGUCCCCCAUCCUGGUGUCUGCCAACCUGCCGAACAAGAAGGUGAAGGAGGUGGUGUGUGGCUCGCACCACUCCAUGGCCCUGAUGCACGAUGGCGAGGUGUUUGCUUGGGGCUACAACAACUGUGGCCAGGUGGGCUCUGGGUCCACGGCUAACCAGCCCACCCCACGCAAGGUGUCCGGCUGCCUGCAGGGAAAGGUGGUGACGGGCAUCUCUUGCGGUCAGACCUCCUCCAUGGCUGUGGUAGACAAUGGAGAGGUGUAUGGCUGGGGUUACAACGGCAACGGACAGCUGGGGGUCGGUAACAAUGGUAACCAGCUGACCCCCUGUCGCCUAGCAGGGCUGCAGAGCCUCUGUGUGCUGCAGAUAGCGUCUGGCUACGCUCACUCUCUGGCCCUAACAGACGAGGGCUUGCUGUACGCCUGGGGGGCUAACACCUAUGGCCAGCUGGGAACAGGGAACAAGAGCAACCAACUGAAUCCUGUCCAGAUCAUGGCAGAGAAGGAGAGCAGGAUCGUGGAGAUCGCAGCGUGCCACUCCACGCACACGUCAGCCGCCAAGACGCAGAGUGGCCAGGUGUUCAUGUGGGGCCAGUGCCGGGGCCAGUCCAUCGUCCUGCCCCACCUCACACACUUCAGCACCACGGAUGACGUAUUUGCCUGCUUCGCCACCCCCUCUGUUAUGUGGAGGCUGCUGUCCAUGGAGCAUGAUGACUUCCUGACCGUGGCCCAGUCCCUGAGGAAAGAGUUUGACAGCCCCGAAACAGCCGACCUCAAGUUCAGCAUUGACGGCAAAUUCGUCCACGUCCACAAAGCUGUGCUCAAGAUCAGGUGUGAGCACUUCCGCUCCAUGUUCCAGUCCCACUGGACGGAGGACAUGCAGGAGGUGAUCGAGAUCGACCAGUUCUCCUACCCCGUCUACCGCUCCUUCCUCGAGUACCUCUACACCGACCAAGUCGACCUGCCCCCAGAGGACGCCAUAGGCCUGUUGGAUCUGGCCACGUCCUACUGUGAGAAUCGUCUCAAGAGGCUGUGCCAGCACAUCAUCAAGAGGGGCAUCACCGUGGCGAACGCCUUCUCCUUGCUCUCAGCUGCCGUCCGCUACGAUGCUGAGGACCUGGAAGAGUUCUGCUUCAAGUUCUGUGUGAACCACUUGACAGAAGUGACCCAGACGGCUGCCUUCUGGCAGAUCGACGGCAACAUGCUCAAGGAGUUCAUCUGCCGCGCCAGUCGCUGUGGCGCCUUCAAGAACUGACCAGAGGCGCUGCCACCCUGCCCCAGGCUCAGGGUGGUCAACUGGGGCACCAGCUGGCACUGGCAACCCUCUCAAAGCAUGGAAACCUAACGAAACGACCAAAACCUGCACUAUUGUUAUUUGUCACAUGUCAGUUCCAGCUGAACUGCCUCCUGGGAGGAGUGAGUGAAUGCCACUGCCAGUUAAAUGGCCAAAAACCUGAUGGUGGAUGACGCUCGUGUCUUGUCUGCACCUGCUCCUUGACACAGACAGGUGGCGUUGUUCUUUGAGGGAAGACUUUAAACUAAGUCUAAAUCAUUGCAAGUUUACAACCCUGCAUCAUUGGGAAUAUGCAUACUGUCCACAUAAGUUAGAUGUCUGGUACAUUUGUGUCCCACAAUGCAUAGUAGGCAUCUUGCUUUCGCUAUACUGAUAAGUUGUGACAAGUUUAUGCACUCGUUUGAUUGAUUUUAUAUUACUUUAGUACCCAGGUACUAUACCACUUCUUUAACAGGUCACAUAAAAACAGGGAAGCUGUUAUUUAAAGUGUUAUGUUACAAUGUUUGAAUCCAUGUGAGUUGGGCAAGUUGGUAUGUCAUUGGAUCUUUCUGGAAAAUUGGAAAGCUUUUGACAGUUUGAUCAGAGAGAAAGUAAGGACAACAUGACACCGGCGUAGACUGCAUGUACGCAGUGUUUGGUCUGGCGUGCGUCUGCUCUUUUCUCAAGGGGUUGAUGGCAUUCGAUAAUGGACCAUCAACAACUUUAAAACGGUAUUUGUUUUAGAGAGUAAGCAUUUUUAUAUAUUAUUGUUACAUUCCUGAGUUUACUGAGAUUUGUAUUUGGCUAUGUUUUUAUUGGUUUCUGUAGUGACCCAAAUAUUAAAUUUUUCCUUAGUAAUUGUA